CGACAAACUAAAUUCAACCUUGUUCAUACUUAAUACCUACUCUCCACGUUAGCUUCGAACCACAACUAUGGCCUCCAAAGCCAAUAAAGUAAUCGCUCCCUCAACAGACAUUCAAUCAUUCGCCGAGUACUUGAAGGGCUGUCGGCGAAUCCUCGCUCUUUUAGGAGCUGGCAUAUCCGCGGCUUCUGGUCUCCCUACGUUUCGUGGUGCUGGAGGACUAUGGCGCCAAUAUGACGCGACCUCUCUGGCAACUCCAGAGGCUUUUGCAGACCACCCGGGGCUGGUCUGGCAGUUCUACAGCUAUCGGAGGCAUAUGGCCUUGCAGGCGCAGCCGAACAAAGCUCAUUACGCGCUGGCGGAGCUAGCUCGAAGAAACAAAGACUUCAUCACGCUAUCUCAGAAUGUCGAUGGUCUUUCACAACGAGCGCAACACCCCUCGGAGCAACUGAAUUUGCUCCACGGGUCUCUCUUCGACAUCAAAUGCACCUCAUUUUACUGCAACUAUACGUGCCAAAAUGAUUUUACAGACCCAAUCGUCCCUGCCUUGGAUAUCCCCAAACAAUCUUCAUCACCGAUUCCAUCAGAAACAGACCGGACAGGUGAAGAAGCAUCCAAGUCACUCCACGAUGCUUUGCAAGAGACAAUCAAGGCAAAAGAGGUCGACAUCUCCGACGCAAGUAAUCCCAUCCCCAAGCUGGCUCCAGCAGACCUGCCUCGGUGCCCCGAGUGCAAAGGCCUUUUGCGACCAGGCGUCGUCUGGUUUGGCGAGCCUCUUCCGACUGAUACCAUUAAGAAUGUUGAUGAUUGGAUUGAAUCCGCUCCCGUCGACCUCAUCUUGGUGAUCGGCACUAGCUCCAGUGUGUAUCCGGCGGCGUUGACAUGCCUAACCGUGGGCAGGGGAGUUGUGACUGGUUCUUCCAGGGGGAUGCAAGCGUUAUAGUACCGGAGAUUUUGAAGAGCGUCAUUGGAGAUGUUUGAUGAGGUUUGGGAUACAUGAUAAAUCCAAUGGCAUAACAUGAAUUUCUAGAAAUAAGUCAAUCAAUUCCAGCGACCCCGAGGUUACUAGGGAAGCAAGAAUAUAUAUCCAAUUCCAG